UCCAUUUUCUCUGCGGCUGCCGGCGGUGGCGGCCCCGGCCCCGGCGCCGUCCCGGUCCCGCCGCCCCCCAUGCAGCCCCGCGGCAGCCCCCCCGCACACGCCCAGCCGCGGGGCCGCCUCCCGGCAUGAGGAGCUGCAAGAUGGUGCGGGUGGCCAGCGUGCUGGGGCUGGUGAUGCUCAGCAUCGCGCUGCUCAUCCUCUCCCUCAUCAGCUACGUCUCGCUCAAGAAGGACAACAUCUUCGGGGCGCCCCGCGCCGCCGGCCCGGGGGGGCCCCGCAUGUACAUGUUCCACGCGGGAUUCAGGUCCCAGUUCGCACUGAAGUUCCUGGACCCCUCGUUCGUCCCCAUUACGAACUCCCUGACCCACGAGCUGCAGGAGAAGCCCUCCAAGUGGGCCUUCAACCAGACCGCCUUCGCACACCAGAGGCAAGAAAUCCUUCAGCACGUCGAUGUAAUAAAAAAUUUUUCUUUGACCAAGAGUAGUGUUCGGAUUGGACAGCUGAUGCAUUACGAUUAUUCCAGCCAUAAGUACGUUUUCUCUAUUAGCAAUAACUUCAGAUCGCUGCUUCCCGACGUGUCGCCGAUCCUGAACAAGCAUUACAACAUCUGCGCCGUGGUGGGGAACAGUGGGAUCCUGACCGGGAGUCAGUGCGGCCAAGAAAUCGAUAAAUCUGAUUUUGUUUUUCGCUGCAAUUUUGCUCCAACCGAGGCUUUCCAAAAAGAUGUUGGAAGGAAAACCAACCUCACAACCUUCAACCCCAGCAUCCUGGAGAAGUAUUACAACAAUCUUUUGACCAUUCAGGAUCGCAACAACUUCUUUUUAAGUUUGAAAAAGCUUGAUGGGGCCAUUCUUUGGAUCCCCGCUUUUUUCUUCCACACAUCAGCAACAGUCACGAGAACACUGGUUGACUUCUUUGUCGAGCAUAGAGGGCAGCUAAAGGUCCAGUUGGCGUGGCCAGGAAAUAUAAUGCAGCACGUUAACAGAUACUGGAAGAACAAACACUUGUCACCCAAGCGGCUGAGCACAGGUAUUCUCAUGUACACCCUUGCUUCUGCCAUAUGUGAAGAGAUCCACUUGUACGGAUUCUGGCCCUUUGGGUUCGACCCCAACACGAGGGAGGACCUCCCGUACCACUACUAUGAUAAGAAGGGAACAAAGUUCACGACCAAGUGGCAGGAGUCCCACCAGCUGCCUGCAGAGUUCCAGCUGCUCUACAGGAUGCACGGUGAAGGACUGGCCAAACUCACCUUGUCGCAUUGUGCCUAAGAACCUAAAUCUUGAAGUGCCAAAUGAUUGUCUAAAAAGUGCCCAAAACCGAAUUAAACAUUCUUCAGAUAUAAUUCUAAAAAAAAAACCAAACAAAAAAAAAACCACCCUAAAAUAUUUUCCAUAAUAUAAAGAUGCUUUUUAGUCACCCUUGUCACUGCUCAUCGAAGGGUUUAAGCAUAGUUAGCAGUGCAGAAGCAUUUAUCAAAUUCUGUGGAUGCUAUUCAUGCAGCAGCAAAGUUGAAAUAUUUUGCAUUUAGAGAUAUGCUACUAAGUAUGUUUUAAGAUAUUUUCAUAUUUUAGCAUUCCACUAAAUGCCCUGAAUCUCUUAAUUUUAUUGUCCCUUCCCUAUUAGAAUUAGAAAAGCUAAUUUUAAAAGGUUUCGCUUCUCUCGUAUAUGUUGCUAUCAAUAGCUCAGCAUACAUACAUUGCCGUGGCCGAUGGAGAAAGCCACUCAGAACUCCAGUUCAUCGCCACUUGCAAGUUCUUCGGAGUGGAUCCUGAUUUCCACCGCUUGCAUAUUUUCAUAUUUACUGAAUUUUACAUUUUUUUAAGAAUAACGUGAAGAUGGUCACAACAUGGCUUGUACCUUAGCUAGGCAUUUAUAUCGCUCUCAGAAUACUGCAGCGCUUUAAUUCAGUUUGGGCCAAAUCCUUGUCCAAAUGAGCCAGGCUGAAGCACGGUCAUUCCCAUCCGUGUGAUACCGUUUGGUCUUUUAAUUUUGAAGCUAAACCACCAGGACAAACAGCGUUAGGUUCCUCUGGAGGGGCGUUGGGUGAGAGGAGCCCCGACCCCCGGCGCAGGCGCCCCUCCCUCUGCGCCUGCUCUCCGCACCCUCUGAUGACAAGGGGUCCUUGGGGAGGAUGAUCCCCCCGGGCGGGGAGCGCGGCAGCUCCCACCCGUCCCUCCGCACCCACAGAGCUCGCCAGCGCUCCCCGAUCCCGUCGCGCCGCGCGCACGGUCCCGCCGCGGGGCAGGGAGCUGGCGGGGCGCGGCGGGCGGCCCGGUGAGCUCUGCCGCGUGUCACCCGCCGCGGAGCGACCCGAUGCUUGCCCUUGCGGAGCUGCAAGCGCCGGCGCUCCCUCUCUUUCCCUACGUCCCAAAGUGCCGUCUGUCCUGCGGAGGCGAUGGGGUGUAUUGCCCGGCGAUGCAGGGUCUGUAGGGAGCGGUAACAGCCCUCAUCAGCCCGAUUGUCGGCGCUGGGGCAGGCGGGUGGGCCAGUGCCCCGGUCAGCGAGGCUCCGUCACCCCCCGGCCCCGCGACAGGGCUGGCUGGGCAGGGACCGAGCGGCCGGGCAGCAGCGGCGGCCGGGCACCGGGAUUUUUAGAAACGGUCUUCAAAGGGAAGCGAGGCAGCAGGAGUGCAGGGAAGAGGAAAUGCAGUUACCAGAUUUCCCCGUUUAAAUCCACAGUCAGACAAAUAAAUUAGUGGCCCCAUUUUCUGGUCACCAACAGCCAUCCAAGGCAGCCAAAGGAAGGCUCGGCUUCCUUGGUACCGCUGAAAACCAGGCUGUUUGUAGAGAGGACAAACCUUAGGGUUAGAAAACGUUGGCCAUUUUGUCUCAGGAUAAAGGAGCCUGUAAAAUAACUGGUUUCUUAUUACAAGAAAGUAUACUUACAAGUAUUUUAACAUUUUUCUAUUCCGUAGGACGCUGAGAGCUGACUAUACACUGAAAGAAGAUGCAAAAUCCAAUUUAAAAUCAUACUUUAAAAUGGCACAUUUUAAUUUUUUUUAGCCUCUUUACCUCCAAGCAAAUGCAGGAGGUGAGGAAGGAGAUCUCAAGUACAACGCCAAACCUGAGCGGCCCAGAGCAUCUCCCGGUGCCCGCAGCCGCCUCACCGCGGCACCGCAGCUCCGCCGGCUCCCGCAGCUGUGCGCCCCUUCUCCCCCGUGCCCCAGGUGGCGGAGGAGCUGGAGGCUUCCUUCCCCAUUUUAAUUAUCCCACAUUUCCUGGCUUUUGCUUUUUCAAAGGCUCUUUAGGGCUGGGGCACGCUGCGGAGGGGCCUGGGUCUCCCCCGUGCCGCAGCGUGCACAGACCCACUCCUGCAGGGAGCUGCGGCGGUUCCCGCGCCAGCUGCCAAGCCUGGCCCGGCGUUCCCGGGAGCUCCGGCUCUCCGUGCUGCCGUGUCGCUCCUGCGCUCGUCACCGUUCCUACAGCAGAGUACGACCUCUAGCAACUGUUGUUAUGAAGACAUAGUCGUGCAGUGAUGGUGGUGUCUUAUGCCAUAUGGUGCCAUAUGAGUUGUUCUUGAUAUUAUCAUGUAUUAUUUGUGUCGUAGUCGCGCGCGAGGGCCCGGGGCAGGGAGCGGCGUUCGGCUGUGCUGGGCACAGACCUCAGAGCACGAGGACGGGCCGUCCCCAGCGCUCCCGGCUGCCCGCGUCCCCGCGGGAAGGACCGAGCCCCCCCAGCCCCUGCCUGCGGGCCCCGUCGGUGAGAUUUGCGGGAUCACACCCUCUGGGCGCCUGGACCGCGUGCCCAAGCGAGCAGCGGGGAGCUGCUGGGGCUGGGAGCGGCUGGGCGGCACCAGUCCCACCCCUGCGGGAACCCUUCCCUGAGCGCUGGAGCGCACGGAUUGGUUUUGCCCAAAAACAGAAAAAGAGAAAUUGCACAGGGAAGGAAGCGUUUUGCGCUAGUUGCUAACGAAGUACAGUAAUUAAUCAUUUCCGGCAUCGUUUCCUGUUGAGCUGUACAGCAGAUGCAUGUUCGCUAAGGCAGGCGGAUCGCUUUGCAGGUCGCUGAGGUGUGUGGUGAAGGUGCCAGGAGCCAGCUCGGCAAAGAGCCCACGGGGGAAGAAGGGUCACCCCAAGCCCCGGGUGACGCCUGUCGGCUUGUGCUUAAUACCAGAUAUUUUAAUCAAGAGGCAUUUCUUCAAUUUUGUGCAGGGAGCGAUCAUUUUUAAUCAGCAAAUUAAAGACGUGAACUAUUAUCAUUAUGUUGGCAAGAAAGCGGAGGCCAACGUGCUCUGUACAAUUUUCAGCUGCUGGCUCCCACUGGGGAAUUGCACUGGCAGAUCCUGCUUGGCUGCCGCACGGCAUCUACAUGACAUAACUACCUUAAAUUAGAUGUAGUCUCAAGUAAAUAUUCAUUAGCCUAAGCAAACAUAUUUCCAGCCGUGCACCUCGUGUGUCUCCAGGAGGCCCUUUGCGCAGCGGGGAGGCUCAGCCUGGGGCGAGGUGCCUGGCUGCGCGCCUCCCCCGCGGCCGCACGCGGCAGGGCCGCUGCCGGCGGGGACAGAUGAACCUGCCACGCAGCUGCGUAGCGAGACCGGGGUGGGGAGGGCUCCGCGGCCAAACUGGCCGCGGGUGCUCUGUGAGGUGCUGGCAAGCGGUGUGGGAUGGGCCACCUGCCCUGUCCCCAGCGUCCCCAGGGAGGGCUGGUGGGAGACGUGGAUUUCCCCGUGCUGAAGGCGCUGCGAGGGCUUGCGCGGCUGCUGCACCUGAGCAGCAGGGCUUGUGCGGCGCUGGUUCGGGCAGAGGCGCAGGUCCUGCCUCUCCCCGUGCGGGAGGAGAAGCCGUCAGCUCCGGCGUGCCCGAGGGCCGCGGUCGUUGUCCCUGAGCCGUGCGCCUCUUCCCUCCGCUCAAGGUUCUGCUUCAGAGCACGCGGGAGAGAAGAUAAAACGCAAAGAUUAGGAGUUGAAACCAAAACCCUAAAUUGCUCCAGGGUAGUUUUCCCAGUUUUUCAUAAUAUGUGGGUUUUUUUAAUUUGAUUUCCCUUCCUAAUCACACUGAACUUGAGAAGAUUGCCCACAGCUGGAGUUUCUGUUCCCCCACGACUCGCGCCCCCGGCCUGUUCCCCGCGGCUGUGCUCGGGGGGCUGCGACGCCCCGCUCACCCCCAGCCCGGAGAGCGCCAGGGGCGCAGCGCGGCACGUGCCCGCGGCUUGUCGAGAGGGUGGUGAUGGAAAGAUGCUUUAACACACGGGAUCUUAAUUCGAUCUUGCUUGAUUUAAGCAACCGGAGUGUCUCCCAGGUCCACCCCGUUGUGGCGAGGCCUCGUUAUGACCGAAGGCAGCAGACCCCGCUGGGGGGUCUCUGGGGGGAGCCCCGCUGCUCUGCAGCCCUGUUGGGCCCCACUGAGGGACGGGACCCCCCCGUCCAGCCCAGGGGAUGGCCCUCGCAGCACAGCUGGAACUUUCCAGAGGCACAAAGAGGCCCCGAGUGCAGAGAAGGAAGCAUGAAAAUGACUGCAAAUAUUCGGAAAUGGGAAUACAGAAAAAUUAUUGACAGAGCGCCAUAUUAUAUCAUUGAUUUUUAAGCAAAACUCCCCAUCGAUUUUUCAGAACCACAUUGAACAUUUCAGAAUCAUUGAUUUUAACGGGGAGUUCUGCCCCAAAAUCAAUGGCGCAAUACAGCCCAAAGUAAAUUGCUUCUGAGUAUCAAUAUUUUUUGUCUGAGCUGUUGCAAUGUGGAAAACCAUCUUAAAAUGUGCAUCUUUUGUUUUUGCCUGUUUUCUUAGAUGCUCUUUGAAUUCUGCUUUGUCGAGAGAGUGGGACGGAAGGGCAGCUUGCGCUGGCUGGAUGGAGCAGCAGCGGCCCAGGGCGGGCUCUGCUCCCCCCGCCGGGGAAGGGCCCUCCGGGUGCCUCGUGCUCAGAUUGGGCUCCUUCCCAAACCCCCCUUUUCAGGCUGGUUUUCUCAUAGGACGUCGCGUUAGGGCACGGCGCAUCCGAAGCGGGGUGACCCCCCCCUCCCCGCCCCAGGGUUUGCUCAGACAGGUCUGGGCUCGGAGUCCUUGUCUCGCUGUGCCGGGCUUAUGGCGCUGCCUAAUUCUGGUCUUGUAGCAAAUCGGGUCUCCCUUUGAGCUGGAGGGGGUCAGUGCUGGGCGGCCUGGAGGAGCCCUGGAGGAGCCCUCGGCGCUGCCUGGCGUCCCUCAGCUCAGAGGUGCCCUCAGGGAAGGUCCAGGCUUGGCCGCUCGCCGUGGGCUGCUGCAUGCGGGAGGACGGCGAUAGCUUGUGGGGGGUCUGCUGGAGAGCUGAGGACCAGAGGGUGCGGAGGCGGCAGCGGCUGAGCGGGGAGGCUCUCUGCAUCUGCCUCGCGCCGGCAGAAAAUGCGUUUCCAUUAGAUACGCAAUCUGCUCCGCUCUAGCAACCGGGGCUCCCCGGGGCCGCGGGGUGCCGGCUGCCGGCCCCUGCUCGGGCCAGAAAACGGCACCUGCGUUCGGCAUCACCCUGGCUGGACUCUUCCUUCCCUUCUGUUUGGCCCAAAAUCUUCCUGACUCUGUCUACCUACACGAAUGCCUGAUGGUCCAGAGAAAACAGCUAAAUCAAAGUACGCGUAAUGCAACGUUGUUGAUGUUUAAGUACAAAAGGUUUUAGUUCACCAAAUCAAAAGAAGUCCCUCUGACCAGCUCCACGGGAAGGGUCCGGCGGGACGCGGACCCCGCUCGGCCCUGGGCUGCCAGGACAGCGUCCCAGGCGCUGCGGGCGGCCGGCGGCACGCGGCGGCCGCAUCCCGCUCCAGCCCCUCCGCCGACGGGGCGGGUGCCGAGCCCCGGCCCCCCAGCAGGGACCGUCGGCGGGAGCUCGGGGCGGGUGCCAUGGGGGGCUGGGUGCUGCGGCCGGGCGGGGGCUCGAGGAGCGGGUGUACAUAAGGGUGGAAAUGCGUGCGUUACCUUCUCUUCUUUUAUACAUCUGGGGUUUGUAUUUCCGUUGCUUGCAUCUUUUCAGUGGAUGGUAGCAAGAUACAUUAAAAUAAAGUCAUUUUGGCUACCGGUUUUAAUCGUGGAGUAUACCAAAAAGCAAGCGUUUGUGAAAUAUAACUGUGAAUGGAAGUUGCGAAAACAAAUUGUUUAGAAAAAAGCAGGUUUUCUGUAAAUGAAUGUGUCUUUAUUCUAACGGCUAUACAGUUCAAUGCCUGAUGGAGUUGUUUUCAAUAAAAAAAAGAUAAAUAUUUAAAAAAAAAAGAAAAAAAAUGCCAUAAUUGUAAUAAAGGUUUCCUUAUUUAAUGGCCAUACUAAAAGCAGUAUUUAUUUUUAAAUGGCUAAUGUACAUAAAGGGCCAGGGCACGGUCUCGGGCGGAGCGCAAUGCCGCCCAUGGUGUGAAGCGCGUCGCAAGCGAAGCCGGUGUCCAGCCGUGCUCCCGCAGGGCGCCUGCGUGCGUCGGGGGGGCCGGCAGCGGCCCGCGGGCUGCCGCGCUCCGUGCCAGCCGUGGCCCCGGCCCGAGGCCCCGGCGGUGAGCAAGGCCCGGGCUCUUCUCGUGGCGGAGCUCCGCAUCCUCCUCGUGAGCAUCGUUUGUGGGGAACAACGCGACGAGUCACGUGGGAUCCCUCAGCAAUGUGAUUCUUUGGUGUGAAUGUGCCUGCAACAUUGACUCAUGUGCCAAAACACGAUAUUGAAUGCAUUGUUUUUAAAUAAAAUGUUUUAUUGUGCAUUGAAAGUCCGUAAAA